UUUUGGGCUGGUUGUCCGGGUCGAGGUGCACGGGAAGCUACGCGUUGGUUGCAGGUCGUCGAAGGAGGACUUCGGCGGCGGAGCAAAGACGCAGACUACGUGGGACGGAGGAGAACUCCCUGGGCAGCCAGAGCCGCAAAGGUGGAGCCGCGUUGGCGCCCGCCGCGGGACCAGCGUCUCGGAUGCGGGCGGAGCGCGGGGGGCCGCGGCGGCGGGAGCGCGAAGCGGGGUCCCCGGGGGGCCUCAUGUGAGAGCCGCGGGACCAGCCGCCGCCGUCCCCGGAGCCCGGGGUUGUGUGUGGGGGAAGCCGCCCCUGGCAGCAGGAUGAAACGAGGAGGAAGAGAUAGUGACCAUAGUUCAUCUGAAGAAGGUACUACAGAGAAAGCAAAGAAACCGAGGACUACAAAUGAGCAUUCUCUGACUUGUGAUUGGGGUAAUCUCCUUCAGGACAUUAUUCUCCACGUAUUUAAGUAUUUACCACUUCUUGACCGGGCUCAUGCUUCACAAGUUUGCCGUAGCUGGAAUCAGGUAUUUCACAUGCCUGACUUGUGGAGGUGUUUUGAAUUUGAACUGAAUCAACCAGCUACAUCUUAUUUGAAAGCUACACAUCCAGAGCUGAUUAAACAGAUUAUUAAAAGACAUUCAAACCAUCUACAGUAUGUCAGCUUCAAGGUGGACAGCAGCAAAGAAUCAGCAGAAGCAGCUUGUGAUAUAUUAUCGCAACUUGUGAAUUGCUCUUUAAAAACACUUGGACUUAUUUCAACUGCUCGGCCAAGCUUUAUGGAUUUACCAAAGUCUCACUUUAUCUCUGCACUGACAGUUGUGUUUGUAAACUCCAAAUCCUUGUCCUCGCUGAAGAUAGAUGAUACCCCAGUAGAUGAUCCAUCCCUCAAAGUACUAGUGGCCAACAACAGUGAUACACUCAAGCUGCUAAAAAUGAGCAGCUGUCCUCAUGUCUCCCCAGCAGGUAUCCUUUGUGUGGCUGAUCAGUGUCACGGCUUACGAGAACUGGCCCUGAACUAUCACUUAUUAAGUGAUGAGUUGCUACUUGCUCUGUCUUCUGAAAAACACGUGCGAUUAGAACAUUUGCGCAUUGAUGUAGUCAGCGAGAAUCCUGGACAGACGCACUUCCAUAGUAUUCAGAAGAGCAGCUGGGAUGCUUUCAUCAAACAUUCACCCAAAGUGAACUUAGUGAUGUAUUUUUUUUUGUAUGAAGAGGAAUUUGACCCAUUCUUCCGUUACGAAAUACCUGCCACUCAUCUUUACUUCGGGAGAUCAGUAAGCAAAGAUGUACUUGGCCGAGUGGGAAUGACAUGCCCUAGACUAGUUGAACUAGUAGUGUGUGCUAAUGGAUUACGGCCCCUUGAUGAAGAGUUAAUUCGCAUUGCAGAACGUUGCAAAAACUUGUCAGCUAUUGGACUCGGGGAAUGUGAAGUCUCAUGUAGUGCCUUUGUUGAGUUUGUGAAGAUGUGUGGUGGGCGCCUAUCUCAGUUAUCCAUUAUGGAAGAAGUACUAAUUCCUGACCAAAAGUAUAGCUUGGAGCAGAUUCACUGGGAGGUGUCCAAGCAUCUUGGUAGGGUAUGGUUUCCAGAUAUGAUGCCCACUUGGUAAGGACAGCAUGGUGUAGGGCAUGAUGAAUAGCACCUUAACUUCAAGCAAAUGUAUUACAAUAAAAGUUUAUUUGCUGUAGUUGAUAUAAGAAUACUAUUUUGUAGCACAGAAAUUUGCUAUCUUCAGUAAGUUAUAUAAGGAUAUUUGUUGGAAGACCUAACGAAUCAGUUUUGGUCGGGAAACUCCAUUUGUUUCUUUAGCCUAAUCAAAUCUCCAAAAAUUAAAAGAAAAAAUGGUUUUUGAUAUUUUGAAGUAAUAACCAGUUAUAAAGAUUAAACAGUUCAUAGUCUGAAGGAAACAAAACCUAUGUAUUAUAAUAUUCAGGAAGUACUAAUAGGUUUUCUGAAAUGUUCUCUAUGCAUUUUUUUAAAAAAUGUAAACUUGACAUUUUAGAGUCUUCAGUUAUAAAUACACCUGUUAUAAGGUGUUUAAUAUAGCUCAGGAAAGUGAGCACUUUGUGAGAAAAAUGUAGGAUAUAUUGUAUCUAUUGAAAAAAGAUUGGUUGAAUGUUUUCAAAUGUUAGGAAGCUAAUUAAAAAAAAUAAAGAUACAUAAGUAAUUGGAACACUUAAAAAACUGAUGUCACACAGUGGUUUUUAUAGAAGGAUGAUACACAGAGCCAAGAUCAAAUUAAAAGAAAAUGGAAUACAAGGGAGGCAGUAUUUAGCUUUGUAUAAACUUUUAGGUUUCCCCUGUAAUCUGCUUAACCAUGUAAGUUCUUUUCUGUGAUAUGUUACUAUGUGGCGCUUGAGGCAUCAUAUGUAAAGUAAGGAAUGCUUUACCAGUUCUCUUUCGUUUUAUCUUUGUUUAAACUAGUUUUUAGGUAUUACACAACAAUUGAAAUGAAAAUCUUAUCUACUUAAAAAAGGCAAGUUGAAAUAAAGGUAGAACUUUAAAAUUUUGUUUAUAAAUUGAUUAAUGAAAGAAUAUUAGUCUCUAGUGAAUUUUAGUGAUGGCUCAUUUUUUCUACUUGGAAUUACAUAGUUAUGUAAGUAGAAUUUUAAAAAUAUUUUAAAAACAGCAUUAUUGUAUAGUACAGCAUAAACAGUCAAUUU